CUGCUCAAGGUGCGGGGUCAAUGAGAGAAGCAAAGAAAGUUCAUUGAAAAAGCUAAAAGCUUAAAAGAAAGCUGAUUUUUCUCAAAGCAAACUGCUUUUCUCCUAUCCUCAUCUCCUCUAUAUCUCCCCCCCUCCCCCUCUCACCCUCAUCUCAAGAAUAAAGCUGAAACAAACAACAACCCCCACUUCAACAUCUGUACUGAAUCAAUUGGAUUUCUGAUAGAUUUGGAGCUUCUUCUGUGAAAUAUUCUCAGAAAAACCCACUACAUAAAUCUACCCAUAUGUUAGACAACAACGACCACCACCACCACCACCAUCACCUCACCACUGCACCUGGUCCAUCUUCUUCUUCUGAUCCCUUCCUUUCCCCAGAUAAUGGCCUCUCCAACAAAAGGAAAAGACGACCUGCUGGUACUCCAGAUCCAGAUGCGGAGGUGGUAUCCUUAUCGCCCAAGACAUUGCUGGAGUCGGACAGAUACGUGUGUGAGAUCUGUAACCAAGGCUUCCAAAGGGAUCAGAAUCUUCAGAUGCACCGGAGGCGGCAUAAAGUGCCAUGGAAGCUGUUGAAGAGAGAGUCUCCGGAGGUGAAGAAGAGGGUUUUCGUGUGCCCGGAGCCCAGCUGUUUGCACCACGAUCCUUGUCACGCCCUUGGGGAUCUUGUCGGGAUCAAAAAGCACUUCCGGAGGAAACACAGCAACGAUAAACAGUGGGUUUGUGACAAGUGCUCAAAGGGCUAUGCUGUUCAAUCUGAUUAUAAAGCUCAUCUCAAAACUUGUGGUACUAGAGGCCAUUCUUGUGACUGUGGCCGAGUCUUUUCCAGAGUUGAGAGUUUCAUCGAGCACCAAGAUGCUUGUACCAUCCGGCGUGUCCACCCAGACCUACCAACAUUCCAGCAGGCGUGUUCAUCUCGAACGGCAUCGAGUACAAGUCCAUCAAGUGAAACCAAUUUGAGUACCAUCCCAUCAUUGCAAAGAAAGCCACAAAUCGCACCUCCGGAGCCUCUUUUUUCUCAAACUCAAGAAGAGACGCCAACUAGCUUGGAACUUCAGCUCUUACCAUCAUCAUCAUCCUUAUAUGAACAAAAUGACAAUAAUCAAACCAAUUUGAAGCUCUCUAUCGGAAGUGGGAUCGGCUUCCACAAGGAACAAGAAAACAUGAAGAUAGCGAUGGCAGAGAAGGAAUUUGCUGAAGAGGCUAGGCAACAAGCAAAGAGGCAGAUAGAAACUGCAGAGUUGGAGUUUGCUAACGCGAAAAGGAUAAGGAAACAAGCUCAGGCAGAGUUGGAAAGAGCUAAACUUCUUCGAGAACAAGCUACAAAGAAAAUCAGCUCUACAAUCUUAGAGAUCACUUGUCAUUCUUGUAGGCAACGGUUCCAAGCCGCAAGUAAUAAUGUUGCAGCCAUUACAGCCGACGAGAUGUCAUCAGCAGUAACCGAAGGCGAAGGAGAUUAGUAGUAUUUUCAGACAAACCUACUAUACCUCUUUUUUUGCAACUUUUUUCUCUCUAAACUGUAUUUGUUUUCUAUGUGAUUUCAUUCAUGUCUUUGC